UGGCAGAAAUUCCGGCGCCUGCAAUAGAGGAGGUUGCUGUGACAGACAUUCCUGCGCCAGCAACAGAGGAGGUUGCUGCCACAGAAACUCCUGCAUCAACAACAGAGGAUAUUGCUGCUACGAACAUUCCAGAACCACCAAUAGAGGACGUUGCUGCCACAGAGAUUCUUGCACCAGCAACAGAGGAGGUUGCUGUGUCAGAAACUCCUGCGCCAGCAGCAGAGGAGGAUGCUGCUACAGAAAUUCCUGCGCCAGCAAUAGAGGAGGUUGCUGCUACAGAAACUCCUGCGCCAACAAUGGAAGAAGUUGCUGUUGCAGAAACUCCUGCGCCAGCAGCAGAGGAGGUUGCUGCUACAGAAACUCCUGCACCAGCAACAGAGGAGGUUGCUGCUACAGAAAGUCCUGCGCCAGCAACAGAAACGGUUGCUGUGACAGAAAUUCCGGCGCCAGCAAUAGAGGAGGUUGCUGUGACAGAAAUUCCGGCGCCAGCAAUAGAGGAGGUUGCUGUGACAGAAAUUCCGGCGCCAGCAAUAGAGGAGGUUGCUGCUACAGAAACUCCUGCGCCAACAAUGGAAGAAGUUGCUGUUGCAGAAACUCCUGCGCCAGCAGCAGAGGAGGUUGCUGUUUCAGAAACUCCUGCGGCAGCAGCAGAGGAGGUUGCUGCUACAGAAAUUCCUGCGCCAGCAACAGAGGAGGUUGCUGCUACAGAAAGUCCUGCGUCAGCAACAGAGGAGGUUGCUGUUGCAGAAACUCCUGCACCAGCAACAGAGACGGUUGCUGUGACAGAAAUUCCGGCGCCAGCAAUAGAGGAGGUUGCUGUGACAGAAAUUCCGGCGCCAGCAAUAGAGGAGGUUGCUGCUACAGAAACUCCUGCGCCAACAAUGGAAGAAGUUGCUGUUGCAGAAACUCCUGCGCCAGCAGCAGAGGAGGUUGCUGUUUCAGAAACUCCUGCGGCAGCAGCAGAGGAGGUUGCUGCUACAGAAACUCCUGCACCAGCAGCAGAGGAGGUUGCUGUGACAGAAAUUCCGGCGGCAGCAACAAAGAAAGUUGCAGCUACAGAUAUUCUUGCACCAGCAACUGAGAAGAUUGCUGUGACAGAAACUCCUGCGCCAGCAAUAAAGGAGGUUGCUGUGACAGAAAUUCCGGCGCCAGCAAUAGAGGAGGUUGCUGUGUCAGAAACUCCUGCGACAGCAAUAGAAAAGGUUGCUGUGACAGAAACUCCAACACCAGCAACAGAGGAAGUUGCUGUGACAGAAACUCCAGCAUCGGCAACAGAGAAGGUUGCUGUGACAGAAACUCCUGUGCCAUCAACAGAGGAGGUUGCUGUGACAGAAACUCCUGCGCCAGCAACAGAGGAGGUUGCUGUGACAGAAAUUCCGGCGCCAGCAAUAGAGGAGGUUGCUGUGACAGAAACUCCUGUGCCAGCAACAGAGGAAGUUGCUGUGACAGAAACUCCAGCAUCGGCAACAGAGAAGGUUGCUGUGACAGAAACUCCUGUGCCAGCAACAGAGGAGGUUGCUGUGACACAAACUCCUGCGCCAGCAACAGAGGAGGUUGCUGUGACAGAAAUUCCGGCGCCAGCAAUAGAGGAGGUUGCUGUGACAGAAACUCCAACACCAGCAACAGAGGAUGUUGCUGCCACAGAAACUCCCGCAUCAACAAUAGAGGAUAUUGCUGCUACGAACAUUCCAGCACCACCAAUAGAGGACGUUGCUGCCACAGAGAUUCUUGCACCAGCAACAGAGGAGGUUGCUGUGACAGAAACUCCUGCGCCAGCAACAGAGGAGGUUGCUCUGACAGAAGCUCCUGCGCCAGCAACAGAGGAGGUUGCUGUGACAGAAAUUCCGGCGCCAGCAAUAGAGGAGGUUGCUGUGACAAAAAUUUCUGCGCCAGCAACAAAGGAAGUUGCAGCUACAGAUAUUCUUGCACCAGCAACAAAGAAAGUUGCAGCUACAGAUAUUCUUGCACCAGCAACUGAGAAGAUUGCUGUGACAGAAACUCCUGCGCCAGCAAUAAAGGAGGUUGCUGUGACAGAAAUUCCGGCGCCAGCAAUAGAGGAGGUGGCUGUGUCAGAAACUCCUGCGACAGCAAUAGAAAAGGUUGCUGUGACAGAAACUCCAACACCAGCAACAGAGGAAGUUGCUGUGACAGAAACUCCAGCAUCGGCAACAGAGAAGGUUGCUGUGACAGAAACUCCUGUGCCAGUAACAGAGGAGGUAGCUGUGACAGAAACUCCUGCGCCAGCAACAGAGGAGGUUGCUGUGACAGAAAUUCCGGCGCCAGCAAUAGAGGAGGUUGCUGUGACAGAAACUCCUGUGCCAGCAACAGAGGAAGUUGCUGUGACAGAAACUCCUGCGCCAGCAACAGAGGAGGUUGCUGUGACAGAAAUUCCGGCGCCAGCAAUAGAGGAGGUUGCUGUGACAGAAAUUUCUGCGCCGGCAACAAAGGAAGUUGCAGCUACAGAUAUUCUUGCACCAGCAACUGAGGAGAUUGCUGUGACAGAAACUCCUGCGCCAGCAAUAGAGGAGGUUGCUGUGACAGAAAUUCCGGCGCCAGCAAUAGAGGAAGUUGCUGUGACAGAAACUCCUGCGCCAGCAAUAGAGGAGAUUGCUGUGACAGAAACUCCUGCGCCAGCAAUAGAGGAGGUUGCUGUGACAGAAAUUCCGGCGCCAGCAACAGAGGAAGUUGCUGUGACAGAAACUCCAGCAUCAGCAACAGAGGAGUUUGCCUCAGCGGAAGCUAUUUCACCAGCAAUAGAGGAGAUUUCUGCUACGGAGAUUCCUGCUGAGGAGGUUGCUGCAUCAGAGAUCCCUGCGUCAGCAUAUGAGAAAACAAAUGUAGAUCAAAAUACGCUUUCAAUGAAGGCAAACACAGAAAUGUGUUUUCCUCAGAACGUGAAAAUUGACUCACACAUUGAAAAUGUGGGAGAAAUUGAUUUAGAAAUUCCUGCAGAGACGCAGGUUGAGUUGGAUCUUCUGCAAAUGACAACAGACACAAUGCAGAGUGAAUUGCAUCUAGGCUCAAUUGCGGAACGCGAAGUCAAAAAGUGGUACAAUGCUGUCGAGAUGCCCAACAAUCCCUAUGCCCCCGAGGCGCUCAAGCAACGCAUUAGCGGCACCCAAGAGCGCUUCAUGGACGUACCCAACAUCAGUCCUAGUGUGGAACAAAAGGCGUUGGCGCAGAUGACCACCGAAAUCGUGGAGCCUGCUAGUCGUGCCGAGGACUACAAGCGCUAUAGUCGGGAUUAUUACAUCAACGAUGCGCCCAGCGAGAGCAGCAAAGCGCAGUCUUUGGCUGGCAGCGUCAGUGCCAGCGCCUGCAGCAUGGAGCCAACAACAGCGCCAACCGAUGAGGAUAUUGUCAUCAAUGAGGCUUCAAAUGCAAACAAAAAUGCAGCCGACGCGUCCUGUGUUUAUACAGCAAUGCCCGUUCAGGUGAUCGAAGAGGGCAAUGCGAGUCUGGAGACGCAAUCGAAUCCAUCGAUGCAAUCGCAGCACACGACCAGCGAUGACUCGGAUACGGUGCGUAUCUACGACUUCAAUAACCAGGAGACACGAGUCAUCAGCAAGUCGGAAACUGUGGGCGAACAGCCCAGCACAUCGAGCACAUUAUCUAUGGAGUCGGCACUUAGUGCACCCUCCGCCUCCUCCUCCUCCAUAGAUGCGUCUCGCAAACGUGAAAGACCCGUCGUGCUUCAAUUUGGACCCGCUGAUGCGGUGCCCACAGUCUGUUCGUCACCCACAAUGACUCCGACGCGCGGCUCCACGCCACCAGCUUUUAGAUUUCUGCAGCCGAAGCGACGCCUAAUCGAACCAAGCCAAGUUCUGUCCAUAGACGAAGAUGAAGUGCCUGAACCAAGCACGCCGGUGGAAAAACCGCCAAUUGAAGAUGAAGUGGCACAUGCGAUGCCCUCAGUGAAAGCGCUGGCUCAAGCCUUUCUGCUGACCAGCAAACGAACGCAGCCCGAACGUCGCUGGCGAAAGACUGUGCGACUGAUUGCGCCACCCGAGACACCAGAGAAACCAUCCACGCCAGUGUCACGUAGGCAUAUGCUGCAACAUGCCGUCUCCAUGGCUGAGGUGGCCGAUGAAUCCACAAUUGCCUCCGAUUUGUCAUCACUCGAAACCGAUCCAUCCAUACAUUCGGAGAGCCAACCCAGUCCCAUUCCCGUUGCCGCACAGGCGAGUCCAGUCCCCGUGCGUCGUGGCUUCCUCAGGAGUAAUAUUGCUUUCUUUGAGAAUUUAAAGUUUAAGUGAAUAUGCCGCCGAGAUCCCUUUUUGAGAUGCGCGCGGCCCUUGGUUGCCUAUUCCAUGCCAGGAAUAUGCACAACAAUGGGAGCAGAGCAUCAUGCACCUGGAUACCAAAUCAAUAUAUCAAUUCACAACCAAAUAAUCAUGUGCCAUGGCCAGACACACAUUCAAAAGUAUUCAGAUGAUGAUAAGAAGUACUUAAACAAUUGUCGCCCAGUGUGCGUUAACUAAUGUUAAUUCUAGUUGAUACUUUACUAAUUAAUUAACUAUCCAUGGAUACUAUUUAUUACAUAUUUUAUCUAUUUAUAAGAAAUGUUCUUAGCUUUAAGCUUUGCAAACAUCAUUUGAAUUUGUUAUUUAUCGGACCUGUACCUCGAUAUAAACAUAAAAUGUCGAUGUAUCAUCAUUUAAAUAAUAUUACAUUAAACUUACAAUAAAACAAUUUGAGUGUUACUAUUUAUUGUUUACCUGUUCACAGCUUUAUUACAUCGAUUCUAUCUACCGGCUGCCAGUUGAGAUUUAUAAAUACGUAAUUUCAAAUGAUUCACAAUUUAAAAUAAUUUGGGCAAUGGGAAUAUAAAUUAAUUAAUUCAAUAUGGUAUCAUGUCUAAUAUUAUACGAUUUGUACAAGUCACAAUUGGUAUUUUAUUUCUAUGCGUGUAUAUUUAUAUAAAAAAUAAAUUCUAUUGCUCCCAAUUACAUUCAAAAUGCGAUCCUCCAGAGCCAAGAGAGUGAUUGAGGGUGUUUUCGUAUUAUUUUGGAGUUUUGUGAUUUCCUAUCAUAUCAUUUCAAUUAGCACAUUUGGAAUGAUGAUCACUUCGUUUUAUUUUUCCCACUGCCAACUAUGGUGUGCUGUGGGUGUGAUGUGGAUGCUCCGCCAGGUAGAUAACAUACACCAGAGGGAUGACGACACAGAGUGCGAGAAUAAAUAUUAGCAGGCAUAUCCAGGACAUGUCGCAAUCCGAGCCAGACCAGUCGAUGGCCCGCAACGAUGGACCCGGUAUCGGACGCAAACGGGGCACAUGUCUGUCCACUAGCAUGUCGUCCAGCAAGGCUGUACUGUCAUCCAAAGUCUGCUCCCUGUUGCCUGUAUAUAAGGAAUAUCAUCAAUAACGUUAAUCAACUUAUUUCGAAAGCAUCAAUUGAAUUAAAUAUACAAAUUUCAAUCAAGAA